GUGUGUGUGUGUGUGUGUAGUGGUGGUGAUGGGGGGGGGUGCUGUUGAUGUGCAAAUGUGCAUCAUAUUGAAGCGCCCUGAAUAGGGAGGUGUGACGUAAAAAGGGCCAAGAACGCAGGUGCUUAUCUCUGGGCUGUCAAAGGCACAGUGUGUCAUAUUCCUGGGGACUACCUUUCAAAAACACACACAGCUCCAGCUGAAGGCUUCAAGAGACGGAGAGCACAGGAAAAUCUAAAUCAAAACUUUCAGGAUCAUUGAAGUAGGUCUGUGAUUUUUUUUUCUUCCCCUUUUUCUUUUUUUUUUUGUUACAGUCGUUGUGUCAUUUGUGAUCAUUUCUUUGACACUGUUAUCAUAGCAAAGUGAAUGUUCAGGGAGAGACCUCUGGUUCGGGAGGGUUUUUUCCUUCUGAACAAUAAAGCUUUUUUUAAAGAGUGUAUUUUAAGAGUUGUGCAUAUUCAAAGUUGCGCAAAGCAGCAUCUAGAUUUCUUUGACCUUCUUGCUUUUAUGUUCGCACAAUGUGAAUACGCUUGACCUAAUGCUCUAAUUUAACUCUAUUUUCCUUCAACUAAAUGGACACAAAGUGCAGGGCUACGUAGGCUUGAAAUAUAUUUGUUUUGUUGUUGUUUGGCCGGUGGGCUGCUUGCUUGAAUACUCUGCUGCUCUCGUCACAGACGCUGUUUCGUAAAAAGAGUUCAGCUUCUCUCCAGGUUUUAGACGGUAAAAGAGGAGAUUAAAUGGCUCAAACUGUUUUUUUAAGAAGCAUGACCUAUUUUUGAUCAUCCAGAUAACAUUAGAUGCCGUCUACCUAAAUUAAACCCACUGGCGUUUAUGGAGGGUAUAAGCUUGUCUUAGAGGAACACAUGUUAGCAUUGUGUGUGUGCACAAAGCAUAGACAGGUUGUGCCAGGCUUGGACGGCGGCGACAGCUGUACACAUGGAACUAUCGAGCCUGUAUUCAUUCAAACUUUGAUUCAAUUUCAGAGAGAAGAGGAUGACUUGCACACUCUCGUCCUGAGGCAGACUGAGUCUUGUGGGCACGCUGACCGGGGUGGAUCGGGUGUACCUUGCAACACAUCCUGUACAUCGUCUUGCACAAUACAAAGAAAGAUGGACUCCGAAGGCGAGGAGACCCAAACCCAAGUGUGCAAUGGCAGCGGGGUUCUGACUGACUGCGUUGCUGAGGCGCCCAGUGCUGGCCUGCUGGCUGCCAGGAAGAGGAGUGCACUCGAGGGGGGCCAGGGGGCCCCCGUCAACAAGCGGAAGUCGCUGCUGAUGAGGCCACGUCACUACAGCCCGGGCCCCGAACCCAGCCAAGCCAGCGACGGAGACGGGGACGGGACGAGGACGAGGACGAGGACAGCGAGGAGCUGGCAGCCGCGCGGGACAAAGACGAGCCCAGGAACAUUGACACUCCAGCAGGAGGAGGAGGAGGAGGGCCUGCGCGAGGUGAACCACAUGGAGGAGAGCCUGCGCGAGAUGGACAUGGCCUACUGCCUGGCGCAGCACCGGAGCCUGGAGCGGGAGCGGGAGAACAGCGAGUGGCUCCGGGGUCCCUCGCCCACCGCCGGCAAGGUCAACGGCAUUCACCUCCACCUCAGCCCCACCAAAUCCACCGACGACCCCUCGGCCAGGUGGACGCGCCUGGGCCCCGAGCUCCACCCGGAGGAUGCCUUCCUGGGCUACUCGGGUCGGCCCGGCGGCCUCUUGGCAGCGGAUGACCAGCAGCAGCAGCAUCCGCAACAUCAGCAUCCGCAGCAUCAGCAGCAGCAGCAACAGGCCCGUCUGGAGCCCAGCUGGGUGCCGGGGGUGCCGGUGCGGCCCCUGGGCAUGGAGCGCGCCCGGCUCAACCUGAGCCUCCUGGAGCAGGCCAUGCUGCUGCAGUCGGAGCAGCGUCAGGCGCUGCACUACGCCUACAAGGACAUGGACCGCUUCCUGCUGGAGCAGAUGAGCGGCGAGCGCCGGCACCAGAGGAUGAUGGAGAUGAACGCCGCCCGCGCUGCCUUCCACGGAUGCAAAGACUCCCUCCGCACGGAUAAAAAGGAUAUAAAGUGCCCCACUCCAGGCUGUGAUGGCACCGGUCACGUCACUGGACUGUACCCCCAUCACAGGAGCUUGUCAGGGUGUCCCCACAAAGUCCGAGUCCCCCCAGAAAUCCUGGCCAUGCAUGAAAACGUCCUCAAGUGUCCGACCCCAGGCUGCACGGGAAGAGGUCACGUCAACAGCAACCGCAGUACACACCGGAGUCUCUCAGGGUGCCCCAUAGCCGCUGCAGGGAAGAUCUGCAAACCCCAAGAAGAUGUGAACAAGUCUCGGCAGCCCUCCGAUCGCUUGUCCAGACCUCUAGGCCUGAUGAAAAAAUUUGACUUCAGCCAGUUCAGCAGCUACAGGCUGUCUCAUCCCGUGGAGGCCUUGCAAGCCAACAUCUCCAAGGACAUGGACAAGUACAGCAAGAUCCGCUUCGACUACGCCAGCUUUGACGCACAGGUCUUCGGCAAGCAACCUCAGAUGGCACCCAACCACGAUCAAGACAUCUCCCACUUCUCUGACUCAGCGUCCCAGUACCCGCUUUUCCUGGGCAUGGGAGGUCAUCUGGUGAUCCCCGGCGGAGGGCAGAGUCCCGUCCACUCCAAAACGGAGAGCGACGGCCUCCAGGCCAACAGCGCCACCACCACCGCCACCGCCGCCGCCACGGCCGCCGCCACCGCCGCCAUCCUCAACCUCAGCACCCGCUACCGCGACAAGAUGGAGGUGCUCUCCGGCCAGCCGCUGGCACCAGCCACAAAGGAUAUGCUCAUAGAGGUGGACGAAAACGGCACUCUGGACCUGAGCAUGAAGACCAAGAGGGAGAAGAUGAAGGACCAGCUGUCGCUGUCGCUCCCGCCUCCUCUUCCGCCACCACCACCACCCCCGCCACCCCCCAUGUCUCUGGGCGAGGGCAUGCCGACGCCAGUCACCUCCAUGUCCAAAGCCAGCGCCCACCACAUCCCCAGCGCGUUCUACCAGGCCCUGUGCGAGCAGGAAUGCUGGGACGCGCCGCUGAACUUCAGCAAGCCCCACAUGUCGCUGGAGAGGGAGGAUCAACAUGACAUGGCUUCAGUAGAUGAAAACGUAUACGGAGGGGACCCUUUGUUGAUGAGUCCGAAGUCAAAGAUGCUUUCAAGAGAAGCAAAGAAAGAACUGAUGAGUUGUCCAACACCUGGCUGUGAUGGCAGUGGUCAUGUGACAGGAAAUUAUGCUUCACAUCGAAGUGUGUCUGGGUGUCCACUGGCAGACAAGACCCUGAAGUCACUGAUGGCUGCCAACGCUCAGGAACUGAAGUGUCCAACGCCGGGGUGUGACGGAUCUGGCCACGUGACGGGGAACUACGCCUCCCACCGCAGCCUGUCAGGAUGCCCUCGAGCAAGAAAAGGAAGCUUGAAGCUAACACCAAACAAGGAUGAAAAGGAUGAGCAAGAAAUGAAAUGCCCCGUGACAGGGUGUGAUGGCCAGGGCCAUGUGUCGGGGAAGUACACAUCCCACCGGAGCGCAGGAAGCUGCCCCCUCGCUGCCAAGAGACAGAAGGAGGGCUCCGUGAACGGCUCGCCCUUCUCCUGGAAGGUGUCCAAGCAGGAGCUGCCACACUGCCCGCUGCCAGGCUGCAACGGCCUGGGUCACGCCAACAACGUGUUCAUCACCCACAGAAGCCUGUCCGGCUGUCCGCUGAAUGCACAGAGUUUAAAGAGGAGGCUGUCCGGGGAUGAGAUGAUGACCAUUAAAGUCAAAGCAAGCAGUGGUAUUGAAAAUAAUGAGGACAUGCAGCACUUGGAUAAUGAGAUUAAGGAACUGAAUGAAUCCAACCUGAAAAUAGAAUCUGACAUGAUGCAGCUGCAGACUCAAAUAUCAUCAAUGGAAUGUAACCUAAAGACAAUUGAAGAGGAGAACAAGAUGAUUGAGCAACACAACGAUGGCCUAUUGAAGGAAUUAGCUCGUCUAAGCCAAGCACUCAUUAACAGCCUAACGGACAUUCAGCUGCCACAGAUGGGUCCAAUCAAUGAGCAGAAUUUCGAAGCCUAUGUGAACACACUGAUGGACAUGUAUAACAGCUCUGAGCAUGACUACUCACCUGAGUGCAAGGCUCUUUUGGAUAGCAUCAGACAGGCCAUCAAAGGGAUCCACGUGUGAGCCGUCUGUCUGCUGGAGUCUUUUCUGCAUGGGGCAAUAUUUCUGGACAGCUUUACUCUCGUGAGGAGGCCUGGCAUUCCUCUAUGUGCAAGGAAACGGCUUUGGGAAAAGCAUUGUCAUUCCUCUGACAAUUGACAUUAUUGCACUGAAAGAAGAAAUACUCUACCAGCCAGAAUUUGUAAAAGUUUUAAAAGCUUCUGAGUUCGCUCAAUAUAUUACUUUAUUGAGAUUUUUACCCCUUUGCACUUAUUUAUUUUUCGUAUGGUUUGCUUGGUUUUACUCGGUAUUAGUUUUUUUUGUUUGUUUGUUUGUUUGUUUUUUUGCAUAAUUGAUUUCUGUGUAAAACAUUUUUGGCGUAUAAUUAUGCUGUUGCUAUUUAUUCUCUCUGUUCAAAUAUUUAUUACACAGUAAUAUAUAUAAUUUAUAUCUAAUAAGAUAGAUGUUUGAAAGCGGACAUUUAAUUUGUUUUGUUCUAUUCUACUUCUGGACAGUGCUUCAUUGGGAGUGACAAAACAAGCACAUUCCGUACUCGUCUCUUUGAAGGUUUUGUCACUAAAAUAAAAACACUCCUCGGUUGGGAUGACCAACUUGUGAACUCCAGACAGACAAAUGCUGCUCGUUUUUGCCAUCUAGAGGUCGUAUGCAGCACCUACACAAGAGUGAUUCAAAUUCAACUGCUCUUCCUCCAGGGCUGAAGAAGGCAAUUUACAUGAAAUUCAAUAUUGAAUGUACAGUGCAAAAUCACCUAAAAAAAAUAAUUAAGAAUCACAUGAAAUGAAAUAACAAAUAAAUGAUGCAUCACUCACUGCAAAGAAUAGGUAGAAUGAAUUGUCACUCGACCGCUUAAAUGUGUCAUUAUUAGAGAGGACUGUCAGUAUCAUAAACUCCAAGUCUUUGUUUUCAUUACACUGAUUUUCAUUCAUUUCUAUUGAUAUCUGCCUUUGGUGUGCACACAUGUGUGUGUGUGCAUAUAUGUGCCUAAAUGUAAAUGAAUACAUGAAAUAUACUCUGUUUUGUGGUAGAACAGUAUUAUGUGAAUGGUGUUUAAUUUAUUACACAGUAUACCUAUUUUCAAAGAAAAAAUACUUCUAACUCUGUUGGAUUUACUGUUUAUAUGCCAUUUUGAAUAUAUACUGCUAUUGUUCUGAUUUGGGGGUCAAGUCUUUAAAUCAUCAUGAAUUGUGACAUUUUGCUUACUAAGGUUGUGAGUGAGUGACGAAAAGGACAGAAGUGUCACAGAGCACACAGGUGACGGAGCCACAUUGACAUUUGUGGCCCCAAAGAGCCACAUUGACGUUAAUGGCCCCAAAGCUUCCUUCAAAGCUCUUCUUCUACUGCCCAGACAAUGUUUGUGAGAGUAAGAUGCGUCAGGGGAGAGGUCCGUUAGGUUCACUUUGAUUGUACCACAAAUCUCUGUUUUUGUUUUUCCCUUAAAAUAAGAUUUAUGUUUCACAAAUGGAUUUAAUGAUUUUUUUUUUUUUUUUUUUAUAAUUGCAAGUCAAAGUAAAUAGAAUGACUAUUGUCUCAGUAUGAUUAAUAGGUAAUAUCCAGAGCUGAUUCAGUAAAUGUAUUUUUCAUAGAAUAAAACAACUAUUUGAGCAACUGUUUUUGUUGGGCAAUGGGUACCUUUAAAUGGCUCAAAACAAAAAGAAAAAAAAACAACAUCUUGAAACUUUUAGAAUAUGAAAUAUAAAUCACUUGCACUUUUCUGUUGUCCCUCGAUGCGUUUUAAGGUGGUGGAGAUGAUGGCGAGUGUUAAGUAAGGAGGGCACUCCAUUUUGAUUUCAUUCCAGAGGUGCAUGGACCGCUAUGAUUUUGUUGGACUAUUCUGUUAAUCUAAGUUGCCACUUUACAUGUCAUGCAAAGAAUGAGAAAAGAAAAUGCAAAGAUGAAAAUAUCCGAAAAAUCAUUGGGUAUUCACUAAAACAAAAACUACUUUAUCCAAAUGGUGACUACUAAGACUCUCAAAGUUAAUCAAUCUUUUUUUGUUGUUAAAAUUAAUGACUGUAAUUUAUUAUUAUGUUUACUUAUUUAUAAUUCUUAACACUUAAUUUAUAUACCACACAUUGUUUGCUCAGGAAGUUUUGUGAAGAAUAUUUAUUUUUCCCUGUUUGUAUUUGAUGUUUUGUAACGUGAACUGGAUUUUUUGUGUAAUGAUAUUAGUAUGAUGAAACUGUAUUGUACAUUUUUUUCUUUUUGAUUAAAACAAAAUGCUUUUUCAGUUGAGGUAGUUUGUAUAUUGAACUUUCCUUGAACUUUUACUAUUUCAUAAGAAGAUAAUGCGCAGUGUUGUACAGUUUGUGUAUGGUAGAAAUAAAAUAUUCAUAUGGCUGAAUCAGCUGCAAUUCCUCAA